AGUGAGCUCAGUCGAAGUUAACUCCAAAAAAGCAAACUCCAAUCGAUUCAAAAUUUUAAACAAAAAUCACAAUGCGCCAAUUUUUUUCACAAAAUCUGAAUCACAUUACAUAGAUUUUGAAUCUUAGACCGGCAAUACCGAUCGUUAUUCAUUAAUUUACUCGGGUUCAAUUUAUUUUUUUCCAAACCCUAGAAAUAAGAAGAAAUUAAACCCCGAAUCAGAAAACAAGAAAUUCAUUUCUCAUGGCACAAGGUAACUCCUAUGAAGAAGCACGGAAACAACGAUUACAAGACAAUAAGAGACGGUUUCAGGAAUUGGGUGUUUUAAAGAUAGCAAACAGUCUUUCAGAUGUUAUCAAAGACAAAAACAACACUAAGAGGAAAUAUCAAGUGAGAUCAAAGACAGCUCCAGUGAACCCUGAUUUAGUGAGACGCUCAUCACGUCCUCGAAGUCAAGUUACUUACUACGGGAGAAUAAAAUGCAAAACAAGCUUCAUAGCAGAACGAUCUGACACACUGAAGCGUGCCAAGAGCUUUCAAAGUGGUUUGCUGUCUAGAAACCCAUCUUUUGUUAAAUCAAUGUCACUUUCAAAUGUGUCCGGGAACUUUGGUCUGAAUAUACCAGCGGAAAUCUGCAAAAAUCACCUUCCCAAGGAACCAAAAGUGAGAAUUAUGUUAGAAGAUGAGGAUGGUUCAGUGUAUGAGACAAACUACUAUUGGGUAACUAGGUAUAUUACUACUGGAUGGAAAACAUUUUCUAUGGAUCAUAAGUUGGAUUUCGGUGAUGCCCUGGUAAUUGAGCUUACUAAGCCAACAAGAUUUAAGUACAUAUAUUUAAAGUUUCCAACGACAUUGGUGAUAUGAAGGUCGAUGAGACGAUCAAAGCUGGAGAAAGUAAAUCUUCCAAGACAGUGGAUGCUGAACAAAUCUGCCACCAGUUGUAACUCAAAGAAAGCUGAAAACUGUGAUGCAGAAAUCAGUUAACACUAGAUCGUUGCUUAAUCCGGAGAUUAAUUUUUUGCGAAAGAACUCGGACAACAAAAGCUAAACUGGACUGCAGAAGGGAAAUUUUGACAAAAAAAUGUCGCAGCAAGAUCCUUUUGGUCAGUAAAAAAUAGUACCCCUAGGACUCCUAGAACAAUCCAUCUACUUACUAACGGCUAUAAUUCUAUGUAGUUAUAUUAUGUGUACAGCGUACAAUGUUAUUCUGAAUAUUUGAAUCUGAACACUCCAGUGAAUCAUUGCAUACUUUCGUUGGAACCUUGUUGGGAAAAUGCAGAAAGUGACCAUUGUUCUGUGAAUCUGCAUCACCAAUAGCUACCUUCUUUAGCCGUAGAACUAUGCUGAGGCCUGGCCUGCACGGCAUCGGCCAAGCAGUCUCUCCUUGAAGUCACUAGAUCGUAUCCCAGGCUGACCAUCUAAAAUUAGCUUACUUUUUGGAAGUAGCGGCUAAAAUGUGAAGCAUUACAAAAGAGAAAAUAGGUAUGCUGGCGACAUUUUCUUCAAGUUGGUUUUUUAAGCUAAGAGGAAACCGUUUCAGGGGUAGCUUCGGUAAUUUAAUUUCCAACUUGAAAACCUAAAGACACCAUCCCAACUUCACUCAGUUCUGCGCCUCCUUCUGUGCUACUCGCUCUUCUUCCUUCUCCACUGCACACCGCCGCCAUCUUCAUCUUCUCUUCUAACAACACCACCACUAUUAUCUUCUGUACCACCACCACCACCACCACCACUUAUGAAUGGCUUAUCAAUGGAAUAUGG